AUACAUUUGAAUGAAGAUAUUGUUUUAUUUUGCUGCUGUAAUUUUCUUUUAUAUUAUCAACAAAAGCUUUUUUUUUUUAUAUAUAUAUAUAUUUCUGAUCUGCCAUGGCUCCACAACAUGGAAUCAAGAAUCAUUAAAGGCUGGCAGUGAAGGAGAGUUAUGCCCUCAGGCUGACAGUAUUGGCUCCUCAGGCAGUACCAGUACUCUUGCUUCCUCUGUCAUUGAAGUUGAAUCUAGUCGUGAUGAUCUGGCUUUAUGUCAUGAUGAGGAGGAUAUUUCCCCACUCCCUCCACCACCAACAAUAUCCAUUACUGAGGAAAUCAUGCAGUUUAUUAACCAGAGCCGUGUCCGAGAAGGCAUGGCGGAGUUAACGUCUGAAGUGUGCCAGUCAACUCCAGAGUCCGUGGAUGUCCAGUCACUGGAGGAACAGCAGCUAGAUGAAUCCUGGUCACUAGGAUCUGGAGUAGAUGAAAAUGAGAAGCAGACAAAAUAUACCAAACAAUCAAAGGCACAAAAAAGUAUGGUAGAUUUUGUGUUAGAGAAAGACAAUGACAGCCAUCCAUCCUGUGAGGCAAGUGAUUCUCCACCAGAGGACCUUGAGAGACCACCAUCACCUCUGCACACCUCUAAUGAGGUGAAUCAAUUUGGAGAAUUGUCAUACACAGCGCUCAGUCAAAUUGAUUCAUCUGAAACAAAAUUGGUCAAUGCCAUAAGUGAAAAAGAGGGCAAAGAUACAGAGGAUACUUUUACUGAAAGGGAAGAGUCUCAUCUAGAAGAUAAUUUGGACAAAUCCUCUGAUGGCACGUCAUGUGUGGCUGAGUCCGCUUCUGCUCAAAUCUUAACUACAGCGGAAGCAACUGACAGCUCUCUUGUCCCCAAAGUAGAAGUGGAGCAGAAGCUGACCAAAAGUGACUGGCAGAUUAUUGAGAAGAUACGCAGCUAUUAUGAGGCAGCAGAAGCAGGUGUCGAGGAAGGUCAGACAGCACGAAGAAACAGCUUCUCUAAUAUUCCUGCAGGGUUGGUAAAGGAUUCUGUGUCUCGAUAUAAUGUUUGUGUUCACCAAAAGAGCCUGGUUGACUCUGAGAGUCACUCUGACUGUGUUGAAUAUGAUUCAUCAUCUUUAUCACUCCCAAUGUCGGACCAGGCCAAACAGAUUCUCACCCAUGUAGAAUCUGCAGAUACAGCCUCUCCCCUUUCACAUUCAGAUUUGAGCCAAGAACAUGAAGAAAUAUUAGAAAGUAAGUCAGUAGUUGUAAAGGAUGAACAGAUUUGUGAGUUUAAUCCUUGUAUAAAGCUCUGGAAAGAGAAAGAGGGGAUGGUUCAAGAGACUCAAAUUAAUCUAAAAGCCCCUCUCUUGAUGGAGAACAGCUCUGGUGAGCCUACAGAUGCUUCUGAAAAAAAAGAGACAUCCAUAAAUUGCAUGAUGACUCAAGUACAAGAUAAACAAUCUGAUCUUUCACAGUGCGGUAAAAACAUAUCAAAUCCAUUGAAUCGGCAGACAAAAGAGAAAGCUGACAUGUCUCUUCAACAUCUAAGUAGAACCAAAGCUAGGAUGUCUACAAAUGGAGGCCUGGAUAGCCUUCCCAGUCAGAUUAAGGUUGGCCGAUGGUCUCGACAUAACAAGGUGGUUACAUGUAGCCACACUCUUUAUGAAGGAAUGGCAGAGGUACCAGAUUUAGGAUUUUAUGAGGGUGGACCUGUCAGCCAAUGUUUGGUAGAGAACUCAGAAAAGAUUCUAAAUAAAGUGCAAAUGCUUGCACGCAUGUACACCGCCAAGGCAAGCAGCAUGAAAGUACCUCUACAUCAGAAGAGAACAAGAGGGAGUAAGGGAGCAUGGGCAGUGGAGGCAAAAGUAAGCAUUCCACCCAAGUACCAGCUACAGCUGCACCAGGGGGAUAUGAGAACACUUAGUCAGCCGACAGAUCUUAUAGAAUCAUCAAUUUCCAAACCUUCUGAGCCUUUUGGUCACACCAUUGUAAGGGAGCAGUUUUCCACAACCUAUCACCAAGAAAAUGACUGCAAUCUCAUAGGGCCCCCAGAAAAUAUAUCACCAAUUGGAUCUAAUUGGUCUUUUUCUUCUGCCGAAUCCUCUGCUGCAUCAGUUCAAAUAUUAUCCGAAAGAAAAACUGUUAUGGAAUCACAGGUCUUUGUGAUAUCAAACAAUAAAGAGAGCUCCUUAGAAAAAUGUCAGUCUUUUCCGCAUGAAGCAGUUUCUCAAGAAAAUCAAUCCUUGUUACUUACAACAUGUUCUGGAAUUCAGGCCCAAACAGAGACAGAAAUGUCUUCCAAUCACUGCAGAUUCCCUUUGGACCAGCAUUCUGAUAAUGUAAUACAAGAGAACCAUUGUAUUGCAAUGGACAAAUCCAUUUCAAUAAAUGGGAUUGAAGAAGAAAGUCAAAGAGAGAUAUUGCAAGAAGAGAACCCUACUUUUGUGAGCCCUACUGGUUCAGCUAUUGAAAUUCUUACUGACCCAGUAGUCAUUUCACAUUCAGAAGAAGAGGCUCACAAUGUGGAGAAAGAUAACUUAAUUGUAAAGCCCUGCGAGAGUAUGACAUUGAUGCAUAAAUCAUCCAAAAAUGAUAAACCAGAUAAAACAGAACAUGCAGGAUAUUUUACAUCCCAGCAGGCAUGGAUUGAUGAUGAAACCACUGGUAGUGAGGAAUUAACAUCUACAGUUUCUUCUGCUAUUGAUGUUGAAGCAUGGUCUCCACUACAGUCAGCACCCACAUCAGAUAACUGUGUUCCAACCCCAAUGAGAAGUGGAAUAACCACAAUGUCCAUCUCUGAGAGAUCAGAGCAGUCAUGUCCUCUGUUGAUGGAUCUAUUGCAAGAGGAUACAACUAACCCCACACAACUGGCACCUUUGCUUGAUUCGUGUGGCAAUUGUAGUCAUCUGGUUGUCAAAACCACAGAAGAUAUCAGCAAUGAUUUAAAACUUUCAAGCCCAUCCUCUACAUCCCCUCUUGGUGCACCUCCUUUGAAUGAGCUUCCCAAGUUUACUAGCCAAAGACCUUCCAAUAUUCUAACCACCACAGGAAAGAGGAGUCCAUUUAAUUGGAAUUCAUCAUCUCUGGCCUCGUCCCCCCAAAGACUGCCACAUACUUCACUGCAGAUUGAGGUACAGAUUCUAGAUACUUCCGUUUCUGAUCUUUCUCCUCACAGACAACAUUUCUCCCAGUCUCUUAAUGAUAAGCCUCCCACUUGUUGUGAACAUUCACUAGACGCAAAACCACCCUCUGCCUUUAGCCCCAAUCUGCGAAUUCGUUCACCCUCUCCAAAUAGAGGUGCCCCGAUCCCCAGACCGAUUUCAACUGCCUCAGCUCUUACAAAGUCUCUUGCUGCCUCUUGUAUCAGUCAGACAAUUUCACAAAGCAUGGCCAAAAGGAGUGCACACCUCCACUCUGCUUCACAACCUGUUGGCUCCCCUCCUCCCCCCAGAUCCUCUAUAACAAUAAGGUCACCAUCUCCUAAAUCCAUUGACCUUGACACAAGUGUGGAGCCAAGUUUUGGGAGUACAUCCAAUACAGGAUUAGGGAGCCAGCCCACAAGGUUCUCUCCUUCCCCCUUCAGAUCAAGCAACCUCCGAUCCAGUCCCGCAACAAUCCAGUCCCCUCCUCCUUAUCGUAGUCAACGAUCGGUGUCCCCUGCACCUCCUGUUAGCCUUCAUUCAACUUCUAAAACACCAAGUUCAAUUGCCCUGGAGCAGCAUCCUUACACCAUUUUAAAUGGUAAUAACAACAAUAACAACUUUUUGAGCAAUAAUGGGUGGGCUACUAACUACCAAAAAACACCACACUCAAAUGUGGGUGGAUACCCUAAUUUAUAUGAAACCCAACGAACAACCUCGCAUAACAGGGUGGCUUGGCAUUUUCCGUCCUCUGAGCCCAGCUCUCGUGUGCAGUCGCCCUCCCCCUCUAUAUGUCCAUCUCCAGUCACUCAAAUCUGCUCCCCUUCACCUGCCCAGAACCAUACCAGUAACUUGGUAAUGAAGCCACCUAAUCCUCGGACCCCCAGACAAGGUAGAGCAGGCUCUAUUACCCCACUAUCUUUGGAACUCUCAAGAUCAACAUCAGCCUGUUCAUUAUCACCCUGUGGAAGCCCUAGAAUCACCUCUCCUCCCCCAAUUGGCAUUCCUUCAAGUGUAUGGGGCUUUGCUAAUCCACAGCCAAGGAAUCCCUCAUUAACAAAUGUGUCUUCUCCAACAAAAGCAGAGGCAAGCUUUACACAAAGGGGAACCAGAAUCAUCUCUCCGAUUCCAACAGGAAUGUUCUCAUGUUCAACAACCAUUUCUCAGAGUCAAAGGAGGCAAAGGGGAAGCAGCUUGCCCUUUGUUACUCUAGGAGAUAGACCACCCAGCCCAGCUGUAUAUGAGCAAAGGUCUUGGGCAGAAAAUGGACGAUGGUCAUUGGGUUCAGAAUCAGGGUUAACAAGUCCUCGUGGGGGUUCAUGUGGUAGUCCAUCUUCCAUCAGUCCUGGCCCUCUAUCUCCUGUCAAACUAGCACCUGGAAGGACCAGUCAUAGAGGAAAACAUUUCACAAGCAUUGCCUGGCCAGAUGUACAUGAUCUGUUGACUAAAUACAACACAGAGCCCAAUACUCAAACUGAUACUUUUUCCUGUGCAAAGGCAGAGCAAGAUGACAUGCAGUUAGCAGAAACUACAUGCCGGAGCACCCUGAUUUGCCCAUAUGUUGCUCAAUCUGACUGUGGUUAUGAGACAGAGACUCCCAUUCAGGUCCCAAAGGAGGACAAUAGAGCAGACAAUGUGCCUAAUCAAGGGUCCAAAGCAACAUUAAAAACCAGCUAUGCCACCACCGUCAACUUGCAGAUUGCCGGCAGUGGGAGGAUAACAUCCUUUAGUAAUGCACAAGUCAGCCUUUCUCAAACUCUGGCACCUGUGACAGAUAACCAGAACAGGAGAAGUAUCAACAGUUGCAACUUCUCACUGCAAAACUGCAGAAGACUUUGAGUGGUGUGCUACUGAGGUAUAGUAUGGUGCCUCAUGCUUCAAUGACACUUUAUCUGGCACUUUAGCUUAUAGCAGAGAGGUCAGUUAAGAGAUCAGUAUUCUCUUCACUCAGAAAGAUUCAUGGAUGAUAAAAUACCGGUGUCAGACAAUUGAUGCUAUGGUCAGUGAUAAUUUUUUUAACCAUUUAGUUACAAAAGGUGAUUAUCAAGAUUAUCAAUGUUCCAUUUUAUUUUCUAGCCAGGAUACCAGUAAAAGAUCAAUGAAUCUACUUUGCUUUCUUUGCUAUAUUUGGUAGUGUUAUUUUAUUGCUCUUUUUAAAGACUCUGUAAUAUUAAUACAAAUCAAUCUGUAAUUGAACCAAAGCCUCUGUUAUUACAGGCUUUCAGUUGGCUGUGAUAUAUACAGAACUCUUAUUUAUGAAAUACUGUAGUUGUUUUCUGGCACUUAAUUCUUGAUACAUUGUUUUGCACAUUUUUCUCUUAUGUGGUCCAGACGUGUCUGGAAAAUAAUGUGUUUCAGACAAAAUAUUUCCAUGCAUGUUAAAUAAAAACAAAUUAAUUUCCUUUAUAUUUUUUUCUUUGGCAAAUUUAAUUGUAAUAUCUACACAAAAAUAUGAGACAUGAAGCGUUGCUUUGAUUGAUGUUAACCAGAACAUCAACCCAUCUUAUAUUUUUGUCUAAAUUUUUGCUGUAACACACUGUAAAAGCAUUCCAUAGUGCCCUAAAAGUUGUGCUGACUGGCAAAUAGACUUUCUGUUUUAAUUUAGCUUAAUUUUAGUGUAAUAACUUGUUGAUUUCUUUUAAGGAGUUUGUUAAAUGUCAAUUUGCUCAAGAAUCUAAGGGCAAAGAAAUUAAACCAAUGAAACUUGUGUCUCAGAUUUGCUUACCUUUAUGCACCAUAUCAUGCUUUCCGGAAAUGGUGAAAAGAAACCAAACAUUUUCAAAAUCUUUUAUUCUGUACGUUAUCUUUUUCUCUCAAAAUAAAUAAAUUGCAAGAUUUUCACACUGUAUGCAAAAUGUGCCAUCUGUUAUUUGUACUAAAAUAAAACCUGUGUA